UGGGAAUUUUUGGGUGAUUUUUUUCAUGUCAGUGUCCAAAAUACGGUCCCUACGCGAGGGAGUUUUUCACGAAAGCCGGAAGAAAGUAAUGGCACAGAAUAGGACUUCGGACAACGUCGUUAUGCCGGACAUUACCGAAGUUUCCGAAGACGAUCCUCUGGCGACGGACACCGAGAACGAAUCCGAUCGUACUGAUGGCGGUACUGUUUUGGCAAGUGAAAUCAAGACUGCUCGACUUUCUAGUGAUUCAAAUGGUGUCAUUACUGUGCCAGUUUCUUUGCCAGUUGGCACACUCAUAACAGGUACGACAUUCAACGUAAUUACGUCGGAUCAGCUACCGCAUUUCAAGCCUAUGAUAUGUGUGGACAACGGUUUCAUUUCUGGUGGUCCUGUUACCGAAGAUAUAAAAGCGACACAUAUUGUUAUUCAAAAUUCACCACCGUCGCAAAGUCGGGAGCAGUCGAAUGAGGACGCCAGUUCAAGUACUACACCACCGUCGCGAGCUGCUAGUGCUCGUUCAUGGACGGAAACAGCGUUGAUGCCAGUUCUUCCAGUGCGUUGCAAAAAUACAUCAGCUGAACUACACAAACAUAGAUUUGGAUCUGGAGGUCGCGGGCGAUGUAUCAAGUACGGUAUGAAAUGGCUCACGCCAAGUGAAUUCGAAGCUAUGUGUGGCCGCGCGUCUAGUAAAGAUUGGAAAAGGUCAAUAAGGUUUGGUGGAAGAAGUAUUCAAGCUUUAAUUGAUGAAGGUAUUUUGGCACCUCAUGCAACAAGUUGUACCUGUGGGGCGUGCUGUGAUGAUCAAUCAGCAAUGGGACCAGUACGUUUGUUUACUCCGUAUAAAAGGAAAAGACGAAAUCAAGAACCAGAAGAGAAGAAAAAAUCAAAGCGUGAAAGUGUACUUGCAGAGAGUGAUGUGGAUAAUAUUCAUCAGACAAGCAACAAUAGUCAUUCUAAAGAGGCAUGGCAGUCCAUUACAGAUGGCUUGGAAUCUAGUAAUGAAUAUCAUAUUAUGGAAAAUCCUGAAACAAAGCCUGAUCCAACAUUGAACACUGAAAAGAAUUUACCUGUAAGAAAUAACAUGCUUCGCGAUCGAACGGCUAUCCAAACGAUACAAGCAGGAUCGCGAAAAAUUAAAACUAAAAGCUACAAUGGGAAAACAGAAGACUGUAAUAUAAUAUCUGGUUUACCAGAUUUAAGUGGAGUACUCAAACGUUUAGAAGAUGUUGGUCAGUCGCUAGUCAGGGUUGCGAAUGAAUUAAAACAGUGUGUAGAAGAUGUUAGGGUAAUAAACACUAGACAAUUGGAACAAGAGAGAACAUCCCAAAUAUUGGCUGCAGGGGUAGACGCGGAGGUGGACGUUGAACAAGUGACUUUGCACAAUGUCGAUGACACAGUAUCUAAAAAGUGCGCGAAUUGUAACCGUGAAGCAUCAGCGGAAUGUUCAUUGUGCAGACGUACGCCUUACUGUUCGAUAUAUUGUCAGAAGAAGGAUUGGUCGUCACAUCAAAUUGAAUGUCUACGGUCAGUGCCUAUACACACUGACAGUAACCAACAUCAAUCAAUUAUGUUCAUUGUUGAAAGUCAGCAUCAGUAGCGUCAAUAUGAGGCUUCCUUGAAUAGGCAGCAAUUACCCAAAGGAAUAAUUUACUAUACUAGACCAAAGUAUAAUGUUUAUGUACCCAAAAGUUAGCAGUUUUGUUGUCAUAGUAUUAGAUUUAAUUUUAUAUUCCAAUUAUUGGGACCUAGUA